AUGCAACGGGCUCUUCUCGUGAUUUCCUUCCUGGUGAUUGUGUUGCAACAGGUGUCUGCCCAAGGCUUUCCCACUGAAGAAUGUCGUUACUGCACCCUCGAUUUCGAAUCAAUCUCGAUUUCCGAAUCAAUCAAUCAAUCAAUCAAUCAAUCAAUCAAUCAGGAAAUCAAAACACCGGCCGCGCCGGAAUUGUGGGCUAGGCUGGCAACGAUGAGACAACAUGAGAAACAAUUCCGCUCUGAACAGCAACAAAUAGAUGAAAAAUUUGACGGGAGCACCGAAAUUGGCAGUCUCUUUACGAGAGCCCUCUUUUACUGCAAUUCCGACGGAGAUCGAUGGAUUUGGACUGGCGGUCCAAACAAUAUGAACCACCAACCAGGAACGCUGUUCGAUGCGAAGACUAACAGACGAAUUCGGUAUACC